UUGUUGGUCAACUAUUUCAUCUUCUAUUUUAAAUUACUCCGGAAACCUCAAUUUUAUAAUAUCAUUUCUCGAGGUUCAGGCGAAUUCCAAUCUUAGGUUAUCAUUAUCUUCAUAUCGUCCAUUGGGAUGCGGUUUUCUUGAUUUCUAAUACCUUUGAAUUUUGAUCCAAGAAUUGGAGGAUCACAUUUAACAAACACAAUGGAGUCGAUGUCUUCGGACGCCCAAACUGGGUCUAGGGCUGGAGACAAGUCUCAUCGGACUCGAGCGCUGCGAACCUAUAGCAAGCGAAGUUCCUCCACCGAUGUAGCGGAGCCCAAGCUAAAGAAACGUCGCGUCGACAAUGUCGACGCACCCACGAUAUCAGAACAUAAGGCAUCGGGAAAGACACCCGAAACAGAGCGUCAACCCGACGAGUCUAAGCCUUCCGCUCCACUUCAUCCACAACCCAUAAGGAAGGGAACAAUCAUGAACUAUUUCAAAGUUAUUCCGUCGACGCCGAAUAGCAUGCCAAAAACCAUAUUGAAAAUAUCAUCGUCAGAGCCACCUUCCGAAUCUAUUGAACCUACAAGCACGCCACCAUCAUCUCCCCCAUUGCCCGACCUGUCGCGAAAGAAACGGCGAAGACUGACUACACGCGUCGUAUCUCGAACCACUUCCGAAGAUCCGAAGUCAGACAGCAUAGUUACAGAGGAUAGGGAAGACGAAGAACCAGACGCAGCGGAAAACAGGUCACCGUCACCAGAAGACGAACAAGGUGUUCUAUCCGAUGCUGGACUGACUACCCUCAACCGACCGAUCGCAAAACUCAGGACACGAUCGGAUGCCGGAAAACGCGGUCAAAACUUGAAAAAGGGCGUCAAAUCGGCAACGGCACAAACAACUCUAAGCCUUACAAAUGAAGAGAAGGGGUUCACGGAAUGUAGAGAAUGCAACAUGUUGUACAAUCCUCUACACAAGCAAGAUGCAAAACAUCACGCCAAACAACAUGCAGCAAUGCUUAAGGCGAAAUCGAGAUCCAAUAAUAAAGAAACAUACGAUUAAACAUAUCCUUAUCCCUCGCCUAUUGUUGCUUACAUUCUAUCCUAACAUGACGAAUUAUGAAUGACAGUUUCACUGGGCUGACGUUUAUAGAUGCGGGGAUUUACGGAAUACUACUAAUUUUUUAGGCCCUGAGACCACAAUGGUUGUGAUUCUAACACAUUUUCUACGUGGUGGCGGGGUAUCGA